ACAUUUUCUUAAAGUAUAUAAUGUUAGAAAUAUUCCCUUAAAAUUUUAAGUUGAUCCGUCGUAUUUUCAUGGAGAUAUACGACCUUGAGUGUAGGUCCGUCGGAGCGCUCCGAGCCGUUUGGCGCGGCAGCUGCACGAAGGAAGAAUUUCGUCUGCUUCUACCUGUCUUUCAGGUCAUCUGUUACCAGCAAACACAUAACCCUGGCAGUAUAGCAAUUGACGUCGAGCCAUACAGUUGAAUAUUCGCUACAUUUUUCUCAAAAUUAUGAAUCGCCAAAAGGGUUCAAGAGAUUUAAGAAAAUCAGACAAUUUAAGAAAAUCGAGAACAAGAAAAAUGCAAGAACGUGUUUAAUCCACAAACAGUGGAGCACAAUGAAGAUAGUUUUAGUGCAUCUGCAAAGAAACUCAAGAGGCAAAAGGAAAUAAUUGUGCCGCAAGACAAUAACAUAGAAUAUAGAAUUAUAAACUUUAUUACCGUUUUUCCACUAUUUCCAAUUUUAUAAAGUGCAAGCAAUGUAAUGGAAAUAUUAAUUUUCAAACUGCAGAUACGCGCGGCCUCGGUUUUAAAAUUGCUUUACUGUGUGAUAAUUGCGAGCCUCAGUAUGUUCCUUCAAGUACUUUUGUCUCACAUUCCUACGAAAUAAAUCGAAGAUUUAUAUUUACAAUGAGAGUUCUAGGAAUAGGAUUAAAAGGUGCUCAAAAGUUUUGUGGCUUAAUGGACAUGCCGGCUUUUUUUCAUCAGUCCACGUAUGAUAUAAUUGUAAAACAUAUGCACGAAUGUAUUAAAACUGUUGCUGAAAUACUUUUUAAAAAGACCGUGAAAGAAGAAGUAGCAGAGACUUGCAAAGCAAAAAAUUUGGAUGAAAUAACUGAAUUAACUGUGUCUGGUGACGGGACGUGGAAAAAGCGCGGAUUUAGUUCUCUAUUCGGUGUUUCUUCUAUCAUCGGAUAUUACACUGGCAAAGUUAUUGACGUUUUUGUGAAAAGUUCAUAUUGCAAAGUAUGUGAAUAUUGGAGUAAAAAAGAAGGUUCUGAAGAAUAUGAAGAAUGGUUAAGUACGCAUACAGAAGAAUGUCACGCAAACCAUCAAGGGUCAUCAGGUAAAAUGGAAGUAGACGCGAUUCUAGAAAUGUUCCAGCGUUCAGAGAAAAUUUACGGUAUAAAAUACACGAACUACAUUGGUGAUGGCGAUUCAAAAACGUACAAGGGUAUCAUAAAUGCUGCUCCUUAUGGUGAUACUCCUAUUGUUAAAAAAGAAUGCAUUGGACACGUCCAAAAAAGAAUGGGAAGUCGCCUGCGCGAGUGCAAAAAGAAAACGAAGGGGCUCGGCGGUAAAGGCAAGCUAACGGCAAAAAUGAUCGAUAAAUUAACAGUUUAUUACGGUUUAGCAAUACGACGACAUUGUGAAUCAGUAAAAGAUAUGUAUAACGCGAUUUGGGCAACAUAUGAUCAUUAUAGCUCUACAGAUGAAAAACCGUGUCAUAGUAAAUGUCCGACUGGAGUUGAGUCAUGGUGUACUUGGCAGCGCGCUUCGGCGAAAGGAGAGCUGGCUUCAUUUAAGUACCGCUGGCACCCACAAUUCUCGCUAGAUUGA